AUGGAGCAAGCCGGCAACCCUCCGGUUUUAUUCAUUGACUUUUGGCCACUGAACGAACCCAUGCUCCUGAUCAGAAACCAUGACGUAGCUGAGCAGGUUUCGAAGCAAUCCCAGCUAUGGCCUUACAGCCUACCGAAGUCGCCUUUGUUCAAGGAAUAUCUGCCGCCCGUUGGCGACCAUUCGUUGAUUUGGGAAUCUGGUCAUCACUGGAAGACAUUGCGCAAACUCUUCAAUCCUGGCUUUGCGCCCAAGUAUUUGAUGACUUUGUUGUCGGUUGUCCUCGACAAAACAAAGAUCUUCGUGCAGAUUUUAGACAAGCAUGCGGCCAAGGCAGAUGUUUUUGAUUUGUCCUCCCCCUGUACUAACGUCACGUUCGAUAUAAUCGGAGCUGUGACUAUGGACGAAGAUCUCCAUGCCCAAGACCCAGACGCACUUCAGAAUGACUUCAUCCAAAAUUACAAACGGUUUGCCGCGACGUACCGUGACGACGGUUCUCCAUCAUUACUGCCUUCUUUCAGUGUACGCUGGGAGCGACGACGGCUUGCACAGGCCUUGGAUACCAUUCUUGGGGACGUUGUUCGACGGAAAUUCGAUCUCUACAAAGCAGAUAGUAACGCGACAAGUCGCAGUGUCCUCGCCCUCAGCCUGAAAGACAUCAAUGUCCUCACUCAGCCCAUUAUGGACGACAUCAUUAGCGCAUUAAAGACGUUCCUGUUCGCUGGGCACGACACGACAAGCAUUUUGUUACAAUGA